AUGACAAAUCCGCUCCGUCUCGUGAAUCUUCGUGUCCUGAUUCUUCUUUCAUCGCGCCCCAUCGAUGGCUUCAGGUCUGAGCCAGGGCUCUCUCCGAUGGAUCGAUAUCUGUCAAAGAAAAGGCCGCGUCCCAGCUCACCCACACUCCCACAGUCGCCUCCAAAACCUGGAGAUACCACGGUUUCCGAAGAAGACUCAACAGACGUGAAAUUGGCCCAACUCAUAUCACUCUUUCCGGAAAUCACCCAGGAAGCCCUUAUUGAUGUUUUGGUUUCUUGUGGAGGCUCUGUCGAAUCGGCUUCGUCUACAAUAGCAGCACAAUUCUCAGCUAACCCUCCUAAGAAAAGGGCCGUUCUUGGAGGCACGGCGAUUCAAACGUCCUUAGCAUCACAUGUUCUUUCACCUGGGAAGGGGCCGUCCGCAUCAAAAGCUCCUCGUACCAAGAAAGGGCAGACCCUGCAUCUCUUCGCCCCCGAAGAUAUUGCUGCUGAAACCCCGUGUACGCUGAUCCACAACUUUCUGCCGGCAGAGCAGGCAAAUGCAAUUCUUUUGGAACUAUUAGAUGAAUCCAAGCAUUUCUCUAGGUACAAGUUUCAACUGUUCGAGCGGACGGUGGAAAGUCCUCAUUCUGCUAGUGUAUAUGUGUCUACGCCUGAGGAGUACAAGCAACAUACAUCGGAAUACACAUAUGGCGGCACCUAUCGCUCCAAUGUGCGGCAGAUUACUCCGCACAUGCGCGUUGUCUCUGCCAAAGUCCAACGUGCCGUGAAUCAAGCGGUUCAGGACCGAAUCCGGGACUUUUAUCCGGAUGGUCAAAAGCUCAGAUAUCAGUCUCCUAAAGAAUGGCAGCCUAAUGCGGCAUUUGUGAAUUGCUAUGAUGGCCCAGCGGAGAGUGUUGGGUACCACUCUGACGAACUCACCUAUCUCGGCCCCCGAGCUAUCAUCGGGAGUCUCAGUCUGGGCGUAGAGCGUGAAUUCCGUGUCCGAAGGAUUGUGCCCUACGAUCAUGAAGAUGACAACGGUCAAGACACUCCAACGUCAAGCUCGGAAAACAUUUCCGAGCCAAAACGAUCCCAGAAAGCUGCGGAUGCUCGAGCGGACGCGCAAGGUCAAAUUUCGAUCCACCUGCCACACAACUCUCUUCUGGUCAUGCAUGCUGAAAUGCAGGAGGAAUGGAAGCAUGCUAUUGCUCCGGCACAGACCAUCUCACCACACGCGCUAUCGGGGAAUAGACGUAUCAAUAUCACCUAUCGGUGGUAUCGUGACUCCUUGCAUCCGCGAAAUACGCCCCGGUGCCACUGUGACCAACAUGCAAUCCUGCGGUGUGCUCAGCGCAAGCGCGAGUCAAAGGGCAGGUACAUGUGGAUGUGUUACGCCGGGUUCGCACCUGGGAAGAAAUCUUGUGGUUUCUUUCAGUGGGCAGAGUUUGAUGAUGAUGGCGAGCCUGUUUGGGGAAAUGGAGAGUCGAAGGACAAUACGCCGCUAUUGAGAAACUUCGUAUAA